AUGCAAAAAAGCCAAGAAGAGACAAGUCCUCUUCACUUCGCCCUCGGCAUUAUUGACAGGGAGUCAGCAGCAGCAGCAGCAGCAGCAGCAGCAGAGCAGCAGCAGCAGCAGCAGCAGCAGCAGCAGAGCAGCAGCAGCAGCAGCAGCAGCAGCAGCAGCAGCAGAGCAGCAGCAGCAGCAGCAGCACGGAACGGCGCAGUGCGAGUCGUGGACUCCGUCCAAGACCCCAAAAGCAGCUACAGUUUGGCACUGACGCAUUUGCAAAUGGUGGCCCACGAGUUGGAGUGGCAGCUGAGCAUACACUCCAACGGCCGCGGUGCGACAGCCCAGGCAAUAUGUGGCUUCUCGCCAAGUCCCGGAGGGCUGCUGAUGCUGAAUAAUGCAGCAGCAAUUGCGGAAGGGAGGGGCCCGCAGCACGCCAUAGGGACGAGAAAGGAAUUGGCAGAAACCCUUUGGCUGGAGUUGAUGCUGAACAAAUCGCGAACAGAGCUCUACAGGGAUGAAGGGGAAGACAUAGACUGA